AUGGGCUCGGUGAGCUCCGACAGCGUAUCCGUGUAUGGGCCGUCGGGACUGAGUCGAUCCGAGUGGUUUUCCACGCAGGCUAAAGUGGCGGUGGCGGUGGCUUUAAUAAGAAACCGCCCCCCGGGUAUGAGCGGCAGGCAGUACGCUGAGGCUCUGGGCUGCAGACUGAGGAGUCAGGAUGAAGGCUGGAAGAAGAAAGCAGAGGAGCUGCAGCGGGAGGUGCUGAGGCUGCGGCAGGAAGCACUGAUCGCCACAGCGACGUGCGCCUCAAAGAGCAGCACGCAGGUGGCAGACAGCAGCAGGAUGGAUGACCCUUCCCAGGAUUUGUUUGGUCCGGGAAGAGUGGAGUUCAGAGAAGAGCAUCAGCCAGACUGUGACUCAGAGACUCCCGAGCUCUUCCUGCAUAAAGCCGAGCCUGCCGCCGCUUCCCCUCCACCGCUGGUUCCCUGCAGUCACCGUGAUGAAGCCGCGCUGCAUCCUCAUGUGCAGUUCAUGCAGUCGCUGUGCGCCCUGCACCGAGUGGAUGGGAACAGCAGAGGAGUGGAGGCUCUGUGGUUCGGGUGUGAUGGAGACGUGGGGUCAGUACUCGCUGACACCGUGUGCCAGCUCCUUGACUCUGUGGCGGCGGCCUGCAGGGAUUCUUCCACGCUGGGAUCACACAACCUCCUCCUGAAGGCCUGCCAGAUCGCUGCCCAAGCGAUGGACCUCUACUGCUCCCAGCAGCUGCUGUCGGCUGAGCUCGUGAGACGUGUGGAAGAGCCACUGAGGGAGCUGAGCAGGAUGCUGCUGCACAGUGAUUGGCCCGACGGGCCUGCGGAGAAGCUGAUGGAGUACGUGAUCACGCUGGGAAGCAGCCGCAUGUCAGCAUCUUUGCUCGUUCGUCACAUCCUCUCGGAGAUCGGCGCCUUGGCCGAUCAGCUCUGGCAAGCCUUCCAGGGGCAUGACGGCUCGGUGCUUGACACGUUUCCCGUCGACCGGUACCAGAAGUCAUGCUACCUGUUCACCGUCCUGGAGGAGCUCCUGCAGAAACCCGAGGUGGCGCACAGGGUCGAGGUGGGCCCGGAACAGUUGGAAUUCCUGAGCCAUGUGGAGCAGCGAGUCUUCCUCCUGUCCGAUGAGUUUCCGUUAUUUUCCAUCCGAAUGUGGGGGAUACGAGGUCUCCUUACCCCUCUGAGCAGAUAGGAUAUGUCUGGAAACAUUCAUUUCUCUUAAUGCAAAGAAUCUGACAAAAAAAAACCCCAAACAUUAAAUAAAUGUAUCCCUUUGAGUGCUUUAUUUUCAGAUAUCUCAUUUCUUUGUGCCACAGCGGGCACACACUGUAGUUUCUUAACCAAAACACAUC